CACUGAGCUACACUUCCCGUCUCUGCCGGUGUGGCCGGUAACGCUUCGUGGACCGCGGGCGCGGUGCGGGGGCCUCAACAGCUGCGCUGCUGGCGUUCGGACCGGGUCCAGGGCCCACGACUCGGACCCGGCUACAUCAUGGAGGAGGCGGACAGGAUUCUGAUCCAUUCCCUGCGCCAGGCCGGCACGGCAGUUCCUGCAGAUGUGCAGACCCUUCGAGCCUUCACCACUGAGCUGGUUGUAGAGGCUGUGGUCCGCUGUCUGCGAGUGAUCAACCCUGACGUGGGCUCUGGCCUCAGCCCCCUGCUGCCUCUUGCCAUGUCUGCCAGGUUUCGCCUGGCCAUGAGCUUGGCACAGGCCUGCAUGGACCUGGGCUAUCCCUUGGAGCUUGGCUAUCAGAACUUUUUAUAUCCCAGUGAGCCUGACCUCCGGGACCUGCUUCUCUUCUUGGCUGAGCGUCUGCCUACUGAUGCCUCUGAGGACGCAGAUCAGCCUGCAGGUGACUCUGCUAUUCUCCUCCGAGCCAUUGGGAGCCAAAUCCGGGACCAACUGGCUCUGUCCUGGGUCCCGCCCCUCCUUCGCACUCCCAAGCUCCAGCUCAUCCAGGGCUCAGCCCCCCAGAAUCCUCUCCGUGCCAGCAGGCUGAUCAUGCCGGAGUUGAGUUCCAGAGGAGAGCCACGGGAGUUCCAGGGGAGUCCCCUGCUGCCACCAGCCCCCACCCAGGUGCCCCAGCCUGCUCAGAGGGCAGCCUCACUCCUCGAAUGCCACGCCAUCCAGCUCUGCCAGCAGAUGGUCUGGGACCGCCCAGGGGAUGAGAACUGGCUACGCCGGGCAUCCCGUCCCCCACCCCAGGAGGAUACACAAGUGCAGCGCCAGCGGCUGCAGAAGUACCUGGCUGAGCACCUGCGCCAAAGCUGGGGUCCUCUUAGAGUCCCUUCACAAGCCCAAGACCUGGGAGAGCUGCUGCAGGCCUGGGGUGCUGGGUCCAGGACUGGUGCCCCCAAGGGCUCCCACUUCACGCAUUCAGAGAAGUUCGCUUUCCAUCUGGAGCCUGAGGCUCAGGCAGCCCAGGUGUCUGACAUGCUGGCGAGCUCCCAGCUGCCUGAACAGGACACAGGGGCAGCUCAAGAACAGGAGCUAGAGUCCCUUCAGGAGCAGCUAGAGGGAAUGAACCACAACAUUGAAGAGGUUGAAGCCAACAUGAGGACUCUGGGAGUCAGCCUUGUGCAGGUGGAGACUGAGUGUUGGCAAAGUGAGCUCAGCACAGCAGAACAAGAGCAGGCCCUGCGCCUGAAGAGCCGGGCAGUGGAGCUGCUGCCUGAUGGAGCUGCCAACCUUUCCAAGCUGCAGCUUGUGGUAGAGAGUAGUGCCCAGCGGGUCAUCCACUUGGCGGGUCAGUGGGAAAAGCACCGAGUCCCACUCCUUGCUGAAUACCGCCACCUACGGAGGCUCCAGGAUCACAGAGAGCUGGAAUCAUCCCGAAGGCUGGCAGAGAUCCAGGAGCUGCACCAGAGUGUUCGAGUAGCUGCUGAAGAGGCCCGAAGGAAGGAGGAGGUCUAUAAGCAGCUGGUGUCAGAGCUGGCAACUCUGCCCAGAGAUGUGUCCAGGCUGGCCUAUACUCAGCGCAUCCUGGAGAUUGUGGGCAACAUCCGGAAACAGAAGGAAGAGAUCACUAAGAUCCUGUCUGACACGAAGGAGCUUCAGAAGGAAAUCAACUCCCUCUCUGGGAAACUGGACCGGACAUUUGCAGUGACUGAUGAGCUGGUGUUCAAGGAUGCCAAGAAGGAUGAUGCUGUUCGGAAGGCCUACAAGUAUCUAGCUGCCCUGCAUGAGAACUGUAGCCAGCUUAUCCAGACCAUCGAGGACACAGGCACUAUUAUGCGGGAGGUUCGAGACCUUGAGGAGCAGAUUGAGACAGAGAUGGGCAAGAAGACCCUCAGCAACCUGGAGAAGAUCCGUGAGGACUACCGAGCCCUCCGCCAGGAGAAUGCUGGCCUCCUGGGGCGGGUCCGUGAGGCCUGAGGAACCCUUAGCACAGGUCUUCCCCCAGCCUUAGGUGGGGCUUUGGGGUGUUGGCGUGGUGGCCAGUGCUUGCCCUAGCUGUUCCCUCU